AUGGAUGACAAUGCAGUCAAGAGAAAAGCGGCGCGCCUGCGCUAUGGGAUUGUCAUAUUUAUCCGGCUUGUCGUCGUCAUUCGCAGCUUGAAGAUCACAGCUUCUUCCAUGCCGUCGAUCCAACGGAUUACCAACUACAGAACUGAAAUCAUGACAAUUUCAGUGAUACUAUAA